ACACACACACACACACACACAUCAGGCAGGUUGUUAAAUAUCCUCAUCAUCAUCAUCAUCAUGUCCAGGGAAAGACACACCGUCAGAAAGGGAGAUAAUCUGCUGCAAACACCUGACCAGGGACAUGGAUCAGCAGGACUCAGACAGUUGUCGCCCAGCCAUUCACGUAAACUGGGGGUUACGAGGAAAAUGCGAGAAAGGAGGGAUUUGAAAGAAGAUGAAAACCCAGAAGAGAAAGCACGGAAACACAAAGAGCGUGAGCUGAAGCCUCUGUACAAAGAGCUGCUGUACACCAUCACUCAUAAGAUGGGAAAACCUUCAACAACCGAGAUCUUCACAGAAAACCAACUUCACCAGUACAUUAAGGAGGCUUUCACUAUGACAGAGUCGGAGCACGAGAGCCUGGCAGAGCGAGCGGAGGGGACAGAGCCCCCAGUUUACUGCCUCAUGGCCACCGUGAAGGAAGCCAAGGGAAUUCUGGGAAAAGACGUCAGUGGUUUCAGUGACCCGUACUGCAUUAUAACCGUAAUGGAGGACGAGGAGGAGAGUCGGACGCGUCGAUCCAGAUCCAAACCCUCUAAAUCUAUUGUAAAAGACGCCGUUUCCGAUGAUAAAAUCUUCCAAUCUGACAUAAAGAAGCAAACUCUGAACCCCAUCUGGAACCAAACCUUCAUACUAGAGUUUGAAGACUUCGCUGGCGCAAGUUUUCACCUCGAGAUGUGGGAUAAAGACGAGCAGGUUUCUCUCACUCAGAAACUAGAGGACAUCAAAAGCAACUUUAACAGUUUACGACGGAUGAUCAAGGAGGCCCAAAAGGAGAAAGGAACAGAUGACUUUUUGGGGAAAGUGGUCCUAAAACUACAGGAUCUCCACUGUACUGAAGACAACUGGUACAAUCUGGAGCCGAGGACAGAGACGUAUCCCGACCGCGGACAGUGCCACCUGAACCUCAAGUUCAUCCAUAAAGCGAGAGACGGGACUCUGAGCGCCGGUCGCAGUUCGUACAUCAACUACUGCGGGAUCCUGCAGCAGUUUGUUGAGGCUUACAUCUCCAAGCAACAGGGCUCGGCUCCGUGGAAAGGCGAUCUUUGCGGCGAGGCUCAGACGCUGCUGGAGUUUUACGCCACGCAGAACGACCUCUCACCUUUUCUGCAGGACCUGGCGUGAUGGGUGGCGUACAGUAAGCUGUAUCAGAGUUUGGAGGUGGACUCCUCUGUUCUCCUGCAGAGCCUCACCCCAGCGUGGAAAUACCACUGGCACCAGCAGGAGCUCCCCAACCAGCAGAAACAGGAGCUGGGCGACUCUCUCCACGGUUUCCUGAAGUACGGACUGUGUCUCGUGUCCAAAUACAGAGACAUCUUCCCCCCCGACCCCAAAAACACUCCCAAACUACACACUCUGCUCAGGAUCUUGGUGCAGAUCUGUAAGACUCAGGCGUUUCAGAAACUGAACCCGGCUGAGUUUGAGUUACACGACGAGGUCAGCGACGCCAUACUGACAGGCACAGAGGAGUGGUUUAACAUCCAGAAGGGUCUGAAUCAGCCCAUGACGAAGGAUCUGUCAGAGAUCGUGAGCGCCCUCUCCAGGCUGAUCGUAGAAGUUCAGGAGGACAUUAAACACAACAAGGACGCCUGGAACAGAGUGUUUGUCAGCGCCGUGCAGGUGGACGUGUUCACCGUAGUCUAUAACGCUUUCGACUACCUGCUCGCAAAGGAAAUGAGGGACACCUUGUCUCUGAUCGAGGGUCAGAUGGAGCAGACGUUAGCCAACAACCUGUUCCCUGUGUACCUCAGUCUGCAGAACAUUCAGCAGGACAAGGCUUUCCUGCAGAAGAGGGGAGUUCUUGAGUUGACAAACUUCCAGGAGGGUUUCAGAGAGGCGCUGCCGUACUGGCUGAACCACGCUUUCAGCACCACUCAGGACCGGCUGGAGAGGGCCGUGCAGGUGGACCAGCUCCAGCCCCUGCAGUCUGGAUGUGUUCCCGUUAAACACAGCUCCUCCGCUGUCGAUCUGGUGGCUUUAAUCCAGCCGAUCUGCCAGCUGUGGGAGAAACUGUCCUGGCCCGACCCCGAGGAGGCCUUCAUGCUCAUGGUCAAAAUCACUGAGGAUGUGUGUAAGAUCGUGGUGAAUUACUGUAACUUACUGAAGGAGAGAGUCAGGGAGCUGUCGGAGAACUCGGACCACGGCAGCGCCAUCAACAUGUUGUGUGUGGUGGUGAACGACCUGGAGCACCUGCGCUCGGUUCUGACCCGUCUUCCCACGCAGCUGAACUGGGCCGGGCUUCGGGAUCGAACCCAGAAUGUGAUCGGAGAGAACCAGUUUCACAACACGCUGCCCGCCCAGCUGCAGCAAGCCAAGAGCGUGCUGGAGCGAGAGAUACGGUCCGCUUUAGACACUCUGGGGAAGCAGUUAAACACAGAUAUUGAGACGCAUGUCCGAAACAUGUCCACCAGGAAGAGGAUUCCCUCCAAGUCCACGGAGGACGCUGCAGACCCUCUGAUGCGCUACCUGGAGCAGGAGCUGCAUUAUAUGAAUGAAAACCUGGUUCAAGAGAACUUCAACAGUCUCCUGACUCCGUUGUGGAUCAACUCGGUGAAGAUCCUCCACCAGGUGGCUGCUCAGCACCAUCAGCACCAUCAGCAGGAAGGACUGAUGGUGUUCUGCCAGAGGCUGCAGUACACUCUGCAGUGCCUGGAGCAGUGCUUCCUCGCUGAGGGGAAUGGGCUCCCUCUGGAUAUAUUACACUCUGAUGAGUACAAGGCUCUCAAAACUCACCUGUCUCACAACUCUCUGAGCAGCUGGAAGCUUGUGGAGAAGUUUCUGGAAGGGAAAGUAUGGGAGCAGAAAGUGUACAACGGAGAGAAAUAUGGUGCGGUCACCCUCCUGGCGUCCUACAGGAGGUCAGACCAGAGACUCAGGAUCGAGGUGUUGAACGCCAUGAACCUCCUACCAAUGGACUCUAACGGUCUGAGCGACCCCUUUGUGCAGCUGUGUUUGGAGCCAAACCACAUUUUCCCUGAAGUGGAGCCUCGCUGCACACAGAUCAAAAACUGUGAUCUCAACCCCCUUUUCGAUGAGGCCUUUGAAUUUCUGAUUUCUCUGGAGCAGUGCCAGGCUUCAGGAGCGUGUCUGGUCGUCACGGUGUUCGAUCACGACACUUUGAGGACGGACGACUUUGAAGGCGAGGCGUUUUUGGGACUGAAGGCCAUCCCGGGAGUCGCAGGACAAAUGGAGGGAAAUGAACUCAGCUUACAUCCGGACGCCGUUCCUGCUCAGAUCAGACUGUCUCUGAUGCAUCCUAAACCCAACGACGACAACAUCCUGCGGCUGCUGGAGUCGAGGAGAGGCGAGAGAGAGGCUCAGGCCUACGCCAAGAAGCGAAGACAGCGAGAGAAACAGUCCCAGGAGGGGAUUUAACCCAAAACAAAAAACACAAGACAGUUGUUCUUCUUCCAAAAAUAUACAAUUUGUUUUAAUGAUCUGUACCAAAAACAUGGGAGAAUCCACUCCGACAGAAACACUGGUGAUGGAUGAGCUGUGGACAGGAUGCUGAGAUAUAGGUUUAAUCAAAGACUUGCAUUUAAACAGCGAUCAAUAAUCCGUCUGCUUCUCUGAUGCUUUGUCUAAUCAGUGCAAGAAAUAGCUAUGGAUUUAAUCAACGAUGCGUGUGUAUGAAUAAAAUAUAUAUAUAAGACGAGAUUUGACACAGUGUGACAUGUCAAAGAUACGGAAGAGGAUUAGGGCCACAUGUGCAUAUUUUUUUAUUCUGACUGUCUUCCCAAAGCAAAAGAAAAACUGAAAACUUAAUAAAGUCAUGAUUCUUGAAAAAAGUAAAAAUUCUGAGAAAAAAGGUAUUCAAUUUUUGUUCCUAAACUUCUCAGAAUUCUGACUUUUAUCCCAGAAUUAAAAAAAUGUUCAGA